AUGACUCUUCUGGGCUCUGAGCAUUCGAUACUGAUUCGCAGCAAGUUCAGAUCAGUCCUGCAGUUGAGGCUCCAGCAGAGGAGGACACGAGAGCAGCUAGCAGACCAGGGCAUCAUGCCUCCCCUGAAGAGUCCAGCUGCAUUCCAUGAGCAGAGGAAAAGUCUUGAACGAUCCAAGACUGGUGAUUACUUAAAACAUAAAAUCAGAAGUAGACCAGAGAAGUCAGAGCUUGUCAACAUGCGUAUAUUACAAGACGCAGCCAGCGAGGGCUCCGCACAAGACACUCAGACGAAACUAAAGCGAGCCAGGCUUGCCGACGAUCUUAACGAGAAAAUCGCUCUAAGACCAGGUCCUUUGGAACUGGUAGAAAAGAAUAUCAUUCCUGUCGAUUCGACCGUUAAAGAGGCUGCCAUGAAAGUGAACCACGGGAAGUUCCCCAAGCAGGAGGACUCGUACGCUUUUGAAGAAGAUAGCAGCAGUGAGAGCCUGUCCCCGGAGCAGCCGCUCAGCGAUGAGUCACAGAGCUCUGCAGGACUCCUCACAGAGACCAAGGGCCGUGCCUCCCCAUCUCCAGCCAUGACCAGCCCUGCAGAGGGAUCUCAGAACAGAGAUGGUGCCAGUCAAAGCCAAGAGGAGAGCAUCCCUCCCUCAAACAGCCAAGCAACACCACCCAUACCAGUGCCAGCAAUCGUCAAGUCAAAAACCUCAGACAAAAACCGCCACAAGAAACCCAAAGACAUCAAGCCCAAAGUGAAGAAGCUCAAGUAUCAUCAAUACAUUCCUCCUGACCAGAAGGCGGAGAAAUCUCCUCCGCCCAUGGAUUCAGCCUACGCCCGGCUCCUGCAGCAGCAACAGCUCUUCCUGCAGCUCCAGAUCCUCAGUCAACAGAAACACCACCAGCAACAGCAGCAGUGUCAGCAGACUCAGAGCUUCAGCUACCAGCCAUUAAACCAACACACUCCAACCAAGCAAUCAAGUGAACAGAAUUCAACAUGUAGCUCAAGUGCUCCUACCAGUACAGUGAGCAGCAUCUCCUCAUCUCCAGUGAAGACAUCAUACUGCAGCCCAACCAGUGUCACUCCAGUGAGACCAGGUCCUCUGCCCUCUAACCUGGAUGACCUUAAGGUGUCCGAGCUGAGGCAGCAACUAAGGAUACGAGGCCUGCCUGUGUCAGGCACGAAGACGGCCCUCAUAGAGAGACUGAAGCCCUUUAAAGACCCCAACUCCAGCUCUCCAUCCAGCUCUGGUGACAUCACCACCGUGACCUUCCCGGUGACUCCCACGGGUUCCCUGUCAUCCUACCAGUCCCCAAGCUCCUCCAGCGCCAUGUCUCAUGGCGGCUACUAUCCCUUUUGCAGCACCAGCUCCACUCCACCCAUCUCUCCUGCCUCCUCCGAACUAUCGGUGAGUGGCUCUCUGCCUGACAGUUUCAGUGAUGUCACCAUGUCCUCUCCUCAGUUUGGCUUGCAAGCUUCACCAGCUCAGCACAGUGCUGAUGAAGGGCUGACAGGCAGUUUGGGAGGUGGCUGUAUGCGUGGUGAGACCCCAGCAUCAGACGGUCUCGAUGCGGAGAAGGACAAGAUGCUGGUGGAAAAGCAGAAGGUGAUCGAAGAGCUCACCUGGAAGUUGCACCAGGAACAGAGACAGGUGGAGGAGCUCCGUAUGCAACUGCACAAAAGGAAGCGUGCUCACGGCAUGCAAGACCCACAAGCUCCUGCUCCACCUCCAGGUCCUUCUCCUCCGCAGCACCUCCUGCACCUGCAGCCCCCUUCACAGAUGCAGAACUUCUACAAUGUGACUGUCAAACAGGAGCACAUGACCUCCAGCUGCCCCCUCUCCUCGAAGCAGCUGAAGAACGGCCCACCGAGCAGUUGCAUGGAGAACAUGUCCCACUGUGGCUUGGCUGGUGGUCCUCGCUGCCUGGAGGUUCCUGCUUCAGGAAGCCCUUCAGGCCUGUCAGCCUUUCUGAGCCCCCAGUGCUCCCCUCAGGACUCACCAGUUACUAAGACCUCCAGUAGUCCCCAGCCCAGCAGCCUGCCUUCCUCCCCAAGUCACCCUUACAUGCUGAGCCCACCUCUGGGCAGAGAUGGGUGCAGUCACCAAAUGCCUCAGAACAGCACCAGGCCACGCACAAUGCAGCUGCAGCAAAAGACUGUUGGUCAGUCUAUGAGCUGUUCUUACCCAUCCGACCAAAGGAGCUUGCAGUCCGUAUACUCAAGCCCUGCAGAGAAUAAUCUGAAUCCCAGAGGAUCAACAAAGACCAAAACUCCUAACAUACAACAAAAGAUGGCAAUAUUGCACUCUCCCAGGCACGUUGACCAAAAGUGUCCCACUUCCACCACUGCCCUCUGUAGCUCAGAUUCUCCUGCUUCUGAGAGUAAACGGCCCCCAUGCUAUGAGGAUGCAGUGAAGCAGCAAAUGACCAGAAGCCAGCAGAUGGACGAACUUCUUGAUGUGCUUAUUGAAAGUGGAGAAAUGCCAGCUAACAUCAAAGAAGAGAGGUCCUCUGUAACCAAAGUUGUGCCUCACCUUGCAGUUUCUCCAGGCAGCACCGGUGGAAUGGCCAUCCCCAAGUUCCACAGACACUACAGUCACGUGUCUCCCCCUCAGCUUCCAUUCGAGCAUGCUGCAAAUCAUGGGGAUUGCCACCUGGAGGCGCUGUUGAGCAGCCCCAUGAACCGGCAGGGAGACAUCGUUCUGAUGAAGCUGGGUGCAGAGGAAGGACAGCUGGAUGAAGUGGGGGAAAACUUUUCUGGACCUCACCAUGACGACAAGCUCCUUACCAACCGCGACAUGAUAGACACGCCAUUGUCUCCCAUGCCCAACAAAGUGUCCCCCAUCGCCGCCGACGGCCAAGGGCUCGGAAUGACAUUCACAGAGUCGCCGUGGGAGACUAUGGAGUGGUUAGAUCUUACACCACCUAGCUCAGCAACUGCAUUCAACUCAAUGCCUCCAGCAGGGCCCAGUAUCUUCAACACAGAAUUUCUGGACGUGACUGACAUCAACUUAAACUCCGCAAUGGACCUGCACCUGGAGCACUGGUGA